AAAUUCCAUGGAAUACAGCCAGCCAGUAGAAAAGGUUGAAAUCGCUCGUCACAAUGUUUCAUGACGAGGAGUUGCCUCUGCUGGAGCAGCAGUAUGAUCCUGAGGAAAGUAGUGGGCUCCAUGCUUUUGUCGCAACAGCUACCAACAGAGCGUUCGUCUCAUUCAUCUGCCAAGAUCAUGGCUUCUUGACUCUAUUUGAAGCAGAAGCAAGAGUCCGAAACUUGAUUGCAUUGGCCCAAUUAGAUGGGGUGGCGAGCCAACAACAACAACAAGACGGUGAAGAGUCGACAUGGCAGUCCUCCUCUACAAUGACACAAUGCAUUACAGGGACAUUGAGGGGUGCCCUUGCAGGAGCCUUUGCUGGAACGAUCAUUGGAGCUGCGGGGGCAAUGCUUCUCGCAGAUAGACUUAUUGGUGUAAUGGCCGGAGAGGCCAUUGAGGAAUUUUCCACUACUAGAUCCGUUGCCGAAGAAACUCCCACUUUUGUUGCUCAAGUAGCCCAUGUUGGAGCAGCCUUUGGGGGCGUAGGAGGAGCCCUGAUAGGCUGGACAACUGCUGGUUUAUAGACAGAGUCCUAUAGUAAGGAAUGGCAGCAGAUUGAAUGGUAGCUGGGGUCUGAGGUCAGGGGCAACCUUUGUCAAUCUCAAUCCCUGGCUUCUUGAUUAUGAUUAGUUACAACUUUAAAAUGUGCUAGUAUUUGAUGAUACGGCGAUACGGCCAUCUCUCCUCCGC